CGGCGGUGGCGCUAAUUGUUACAAACAGCAGAAAGGGAAGAAGGAGAAGAAGAAUUAAGGGCGUUCAUUUUUUAAACAGCCGCGGUACAUCAACAACAAAUCCUCCCUGGAGUCUGUUGAUAAGGAAACCGCAAUAACAAACAGCUCAUCUAUCACUAGAUGCUUACAUGCAUGAUGCAGGGCUCAGCUCAGACGAGACGGCGAGCGGCUCAGGACUUCAAAACCUGCUACGAGUCCUUGUGUGCGACUCAGGGCUCUGCUCCGGUAGCUGCAGUGAGGUUGGGUCUGAACCAAGGAGUGCUGGACUUUAACGGAGAUGCCAUCAGUUUCCCAGACUGGGUGCCUAUACUGUCAGCAUUAGCUGUUAACAAACAGCUGCACCAUGUCAGUGUCAAAAGCUGCUAUCUCAUCAGUCUGGGCUCUCAGGGCUCGUAUAAGACCCCAGUCAGGAAGAAGACUCCUGUUGUCCAUUCAAAGAGCAUGACCUUUCAGCUUUGUAAAGCCGUGCAGAAAUGCCUGAGUGUUUCACACAGCCUUAAAACACUCCAGCUGCAUGGGCUGCCUCUGAGAGAGAGAGAUCUCGACAUGCUCACUAAGGGUUUGUCCAAGAGCGUGUCAUUGGAGCAUUUGUCUUUGGCUCACUGUCCCAUCGCAGAUGACGGACUAGAGACUAUCUGCCAGAGUGUGAAGUAUUCAGCAACUAUUAAAACAGUGGAUUUCACUGCUUGUAAUAUUACAUGGCGAGGUGCAGAGCAUAUGGCAAAUAUUAUAAAGCACCAGGCAGUGAGGCGACACACCACAGCAUGGGCGGAGACUUUGCGCUACAGGAAGGCGGAGUUUGAGGCGAUGGACGGGCUUCGGAGGAUCACGCUUAACGAAAACAUUCUAAUCGGUGACCGAGGAGUGACGUCCCUCGCUCAGGAGCUCACAGAGGACCUGUGGGUCAAAGCAGUGGACCUGCAGCGAUGUGGCAUCUCUAAUGAAGGAGCUCGUGUUCUGGAGAAAAUGCUCCAGUCCAACACCACUCUGUGUGUACUGGACAUCCGAAGGAACCCCCUAGUGGAUAAUGAGCUGGUGAAGUCUGUGAUUAAGAAAGUGCUUAUGAAUAAUAAAGGCCAGGACUCACAAUAUUUGUGGUUGAAGCCUCCAGCUAAAGAGGCAAAUGACUCCUCAGGACAGACAACCAGGAGAAUCACAGGAAGAACUACCUACAGAAUUGUUAAAGGCUCACGGCGGACAUUUUCAGCACCGUGUGGAGGGAGGCCUCCUCAACCGGGCAGUACUGGUCAUAUCCCAUGGCGCACUGCAGCACGGGCCAAACUUCAGAGGGGUCUCCCUCAAAGUGCCGCAACAGCAGAUCGAAGCUUUCAGAAUGCCUCCUCCAUUCGAGUCACAUUAGAGUCAGAGAGCGAGUCGGAGUCUGAAGAAAAUGAAAGCGGGAUGCAGAGUGUGUGUGUCCAGAGCGCUCGCGAGAACAUCGGCAACAACCAGUUCAGACGUCUACAGGAAGAUUACAGGAGUCUGAAGGAGCAGCUGGAGGAAUGCAGGCUCAGGCUCACAGAGGAGAGAAACGCAAGACUGAAAGCCACUUCUCGUGUUGUGGAGCUGGAGUUGGAAAACUUUCGCUUACACAGUGUGAAUCAGUCUCUCUCCGAAGCUCACGCCAGUCACUCUGUUUUGGAGGACGAACAAGUGCUGGACAGCAUCGAGGCUUCCUUUCACAAAUUCCAUGCCUUCCUUGACCUGCUUAAAGACGCCGGGUUGGGUCAGUUAGCAUCCAUGGCCGGGAUUGAGCAGUCAGACUUCGGGGUUCUGAAUCGUCCUCAGCUCUCUUCUACAAAGCGAAGAGAAGAUGGAGAACAGGUCAGCGAGCAGAGGAAAGACAGCAUGGCUAUAUCAAACAACCAUCAUAAACCAUCAAGUCUUCAAUCCAGAACAUCCUCCUCUGCAGCUUCUGCAGUAUCCAAGAACUCUUGUAAUCUCCACUACCCACAGGACGUGACCCCCACUCCAGCUCCGCUACACUCCAGUCACUCACCUUCUCCUCUGGACCAUCCCGAGGCUCUUCAUCUGCAGCGGAGUGUCUCUCCAACCCAUUCAAAUUCUAAUCGAGAGUCCGGUUCUGAUAAACUCAACGGCAGCCAGCGUUCAAAAUCAGGCAGUGUAGCCAGCAGUGUACAUAGUGUUCAGAGUAAACUGUCUUAUUCUUAUAGAGAGGACUUCUCUGAAGGGAAGCUCUCUCCAGCUCUGAGCUCCAGAUCUUCCAGCGUGUCUCAGUUUGGGUCCGAGAGACUCAGUGUCUCUGAGGGCCAGAGGAGUGCUGUUGGGUUGGCUGGGCUUUAGAGACAGGUCACGGUUUUAAUGUUUAGCGCCGAACACUUUAAAUGUUAAAAAUAUUGAGUGGAUGUUGGAGAUUACAAAAGAGAGCAGCAAUAUCCACUUUAUUAGGAUAUCUAUUCGACUGAUUAUGUUACACAGAACAAUGCAUAAAAUAACUCAGAUACAGGUCAGGAGCUUCAGUUAUUGUUCACAUCACAACAAACAUCACAUUUCUGUGGAAACUCUAAAGAGUGUGCAAUUCCCAGCAGGCCACUAAUGUAUGAAGUAUUCAAACCAGCCCAUCUGUGAUAAAGAUUACAUCUUUUCUUCAUUCUAACGUUUGAUAUGAACGUUACCUGAAGCUCUUAAUUUAUUUUCUGGUAGUUCUUUUUGGCAUUCUGCUGCUCCACCAUGAUUGGCUGAUUUAGAUAAAUGCAUAAAUGUCCAGGAGUACCGGUGUUCCUAAUAAAGUGGUGGUGAUAUUAAUAGUUUGUGCAUCAUAAAUGAAUUAAGAGCUGAACAAUAAUUACAGAUUUUACUGGAAUUGAUUUAACCGAAGUUUGAAGUUUUGAAAAGAAUCAAUAGUGACCAUUGUAGAGAAUGUGUCUGAAUCUUUAAAGCCCACAAACCAACAAGUGCAUUAUGGGUCUUCUUUACCAGAUAGACUUUAACUAUUUUGUGCACUAACCUUUUGUUGUGCAUUGCUGGAUUCCAUGACUGUUCAAGUUCAUAUCCACUAUGCCUUUAGACAUUUUAAGUCAUUAAAAAAAACUGUGUUAAUUUUGUUACAGUGCCCAGCUUUCAAAAUGAAUGAAUUUAGUGGGUUUUUUUUUUUUAGUUGUGCUGAAAUGUGAAGCCAUUUACAACUUCCAGAGUUUUAAGACACAGGGUUUUGUUUUAUACCUUUAUAUUUAUUGUGAUAGUAUUGAAUGUUUCAGAUGGCAAACUGUUUUUAAACCGCUAUGAAUUUGUGUAUGUGACUUUGUAUCAGAAUAAACGUGCCACCAAGUCACAUAGAUGAGGUGUGGAAGUGAAAACAAUGGAUUUCAUAAAAAUGCUA